ACCGAAAUAAAAGCUCACCCCACUGCCCGAUAAGACGCGCGGUGAGACGGAUUACUGUUUCUAUAAGAGACGGUAAAAAAAAAAAAAACUCCGCCGUUUAUAUUUUUGGUUACCGGACAUUUUUGUGGUUUAAGUACAAUCGCUGUAGCGUUUCUAUAACAUAUUUUAAGCUGUGUAUUACAACUGUCCACUCCGGUACAGUAGGUGGCGGUCUGUGCAUUAACACUGGUUAAACAGAGAGAAGAAGACUGCCGACUCGCUCUCUUCCGCUGAGCUGCCGGUGCUAACAACAAGCCAAGCUAGUAGCAGGAUUGGACGGUGAGAAAUCAGCUGCUAACAUUUUUAUUCUACUAUAUCCACAAAAAAGGAACAUCAUCUGACUGUAGGACCCUAAGAAGAAAAUAUUUGGUGAAAAUGGGAGACCCUGCACUUCACAGAGACUGUCCCCUCGACUGCAAGGUUUAUGUUGGAAAUCUAGGAAACAAUGGAAAUAAAACAGAAUUAGAAAGAGCUUUUGGCUUCUAUGGUCCUUUAAGAAGUGUCUGGGUUGCCAGGAAUCCACCAGGUUUUGCUUUUGUAGAGUUUGAAGAUCCCAGAGAUGCAUCUGAUGCUGUGAGAGAACUGGAUGGAAGAAACAUGUGUGGCUGUCGAGUGCGUGUGGAGUUAUCCACCGGGGAAAAGCGCUCUAGGAGCCGUGGUCCUCCACCAUCCUGGAGCAGACGCCCACGGGAUGAUUACAGGCGACGUAGUCCUCCAGUCAGACGCAGAUCACCAAGGAGGAGGAGCCUCAGCCGCAGUCGCAGCAGGUCUCUUUCAAGAGACAGACGUAGAUAUCGGUCUCUCUCCAGAGACAAGAAUCGUAAGCGCUCAAGAUCCUUCUCACGGUCGAGGAGUCGUUCCCGGUCUACUGAGAGGAAAUGAAGAUGUCGAAGGAUGGUUCAUCUGCAGGAUCUCUGCCAUGGUUGUGGAAAUACAAAUUUUUAUAGUCAUGUUUUUCUUUUUAGAUCUUGUUUGCUAGCUCAAGGUCGGUUUAUUGGGUAUGAUGUAAUAGCUGUCUGUUGCAUUCAUAACAAAAGAUUUUUUUUUUUUCCCAAAUUUUUUUUGUCUUUGAAUUUACUGUUCACAUGAAAAAAAAUUUUAUCUUAACAUUGCAUGUUCUGAAUCUGAAAUUGAAUACUGGGUUUAGUUUCACGUUGCCAUACUGUUUUUUGUUUUUUAACUGCUUGACAGAAUUAAAGUAAUGAUGUUUUAUUCGUUGUUGUUUGCUUUUUCUUAUUCUUGAUUGACUCUUAAAUUACUUUUGAUUAGGGGUUACUGUGAUAAGCGUCAAUGGUAGAAGGGGCACACCUCAAAGCAGUGACAGAAAGCAGACUCUCAGCAAAUGUUGUAAAUACUGGUGCUGUUAUUUGCAGGCUAUCCUAGGAGCCUAAAACAUCAUCUGUGAUUCUGUGUUUUUUUUUACCUGUUGCAUUUGCAAAUGAAGUCAUUUACUCUGUUCUACUUUGCUUGAUUCUCUGAGCUCUGAUAGUUUGUGCUGAUGCAGUCAAACAACUUGUUCAAUAAAUGUUUUUCCAAGGUGAAAUUA